AUGGCAAAGACGAAAAACAAGCAAGAGUCUGCACACGACACGCCCUCGACCAGUACAAAGGUUGAGUCGAGCAGUUUCGACCCAACAUUGGCGGCUCUUUUCGCUUCCAGCUCAGGUCCAGUGACUGUGCCCACGAGACCGACAAGAACUUUACAUACAGUGCCAAAGUCUAAGCGGGAAGCUGAGACUGCUCCUGCAGAGGUCCUCGAACAGACAGAAACGAGCAGUAACGAGGACAGCGAAGAGUCUACCGACGAUUCUGAAGAAGAAAGCUCAACUACAGAAGUCGAAGUUAAGGUGGAAGAGCCACAAGAGCGACCCAAGAAGCGAAGAAAGCUCGACCAGAACGAUGACCUUGAGAGUAAGUAUUUAGACAAAUUAGCUCGUGAGGAGGAACAGGAACAGAAGCUGCGGAAGAAGUCAAAAACGAAACCCAAAACCGACAAGAUCAUAGAGGACGGCAAUGAAGAUGAGGACUCCAGCGACACUGACUUGAACAGCGGACUCGAAGAUUUGAGUGAUUCUGAUGUGGAGGAAGGUGUGAAAAUCAAAGAUGCAAAAGACUCCAUCCCAAAACACGAAUCGUUGAGUAGCACAGCUCACGAUCUUGAGGCUCAGAAACUCAAGCGUACUGUCUUUCUGGGCAACGUGUCUAACACAGUAAUUACAUCGAAAUCUGACAAGAAAGCACUUGUCCUACACCUUCGUUCCGGUAUAGAUACCAAACACCACGAGAAGAUUGAAAGUAUACGCUUCCGAUCCACGGCGUUCGUGCAAGAUGCUGGACCAAAAAGAGCCGCAUAUGCCAAGAAAGAGCUUAUGGAUGAGACAAUGAAAAGCACAAACGCUUACGUGGUUGCGAGCUCAGAAGCUGCUGCGCGGAAACUAGCUGCUCGAUUGAAUGGGACUGUGGUACUGAAUCGUCAUUUGAGAGUGGACAACCUUGGUGCUCCAAGCAAGAUCGACAAUAAGCGCUGUGUCUUUGUGGGCAACCUGUCAUUUGUGGAUGAAGAUAUUGCGAAGGAGGAGGAUGCCAACGGAGAGACGAACAAGCGCAAGCGCUCCAGAGAACCGGCCGAUGCUGAAGAGGGUCUUUGGCAAACCUUCGGAAAGGUUGGCAAGGUGGAAAGUGUCAGAGUCGUCAGGGACAAGGAGACACGAAUAAGUAAGGGUUUUGCUUACGUCCAAUUUCAGGACGAGAAUGCAGUCGAGGCUGCCCUUCUGAUGGAUGGCAAAAAGUUCCCGCCUAUGUUGCCAAGGACAUUAAGGGUGAUGAGGGCGAAGAAAGACGUUCGGAAGAUCAGGAGCGAGACUAGACAACCCGCUAUAAGGCGUGAGAACGGUAUGGACAAGGGCAGAUCUCAGAAACCGGGCCUCUCAUCGCGUGAGAAGACAAACGGGAGUGGUGGCAAGGUCAUCCUCGAGGGUCAUAGAGCCAGCAGCAGUCAUGCACUACCCAAGGGUCUGAAGAAGAUGAAGAAGAGGCCCGCUGUGAAGCCAGACAACAGAGGUUCGAGGCGCGCUGCAGCGUUCAGAGCUGGAGGCGGUAAGAAGAAGCGUGACAUUUCCACGUAA